AUGGGUCUACUCGACUUCCGGGCGCCGACGUCAUUGCGCCUGGCCCUGGGCGAUGCAUGGGAUCCGACGACCAUGACGGCGGGGCCGUCGCGCUUCGUCGUCUUUCAGAACACUCCUUCGGAAUCACAUCCUUCGCUCGACCACCUGAUGCUGCUCGUCUUUGGUGCUGUGCUGGAGGUUGUCUGCGUCAGCUUACCGGGGUACAUCAUUGCGCGGCUCGGUCAUUUUGACGCCGACAAGCAAAAGUUUCUUGCGAACCUCAAUGUUAUGCUGUUUACGCCAUGUCUGAUUUUCACCAAGCUCGCAUCGCAGCUGAACGCCGAUAAGCUCCUGGACCUGGGGAUCAUCCCCAUCAUUUUCAUCAUCCAGACCUUCGUGUCGUACAUCGUAUCACGCAUAGUAGCGCGAUGCUGCGGUUUCAACCAUCGGGCUUCCAACUUCGUGACCGCGAUGGGUGUGUUUGGAAACUCGAAUUCGCUGCCCAUCUCGCUCGUCAUCUCGCUCUCUCAAACCCUCAAGGGCCUCCACUGGGACAAGAUCCCGGGCGACAACGACGACGAGGUUGCCGCGCGGGGCAUUUUGUACCUCCUGGUGUUCCAGCAACUUGGCCAGUUGGUGCGCUGGAGUUGGGGUUACCACGUGUUGCUAGCGCCGAAGUCGAAAUACGAGGAGUAUGCCGAUGAGACGAUCGAAGAGGGUCGCUAUGAAGGCGAGGAGACACAAGGGUUGAUUGAAGGGGAGGAAGAUCGUCUCAGCAAUGACAGCAGCCUGGAUCGGCCCGUCAGCCCCGCGCACACCGACGACUCGGGAACCCACUACAGCCCAGCCGGCCGGACACCUGUGGGCGGAUCCUCGCGGGCGUCGCCCCACGACUCGGAAGACGACGAACAUGACGCGGUUGGAGCACUGAAGAAAGCCAACAACUCGAAGGCCAACCCGCACGGCCGUCGCCAACUUGCCGAUCAAAACGAUAACGACGACGACUUCAACCGGAUCCUCUCCUUCCCGCACAUCCACAACGCCCUUAAUGACGAAACCGAAGCGCCUAAGGGUAUCAAGGGUGUACCUGUGCGUGUCCAGCGCUUUGCGCGCAAGACCGAGCGCAGGGUCUGCACCGCGAUCAAGACCACGGCCCGAAGCGCUUACAACAGCCUCCCGCGGCCCCUCCAAACGGCCCUUACUGGGCUCCAGCGCGCUUCGGUACGCGUCUACGGCUUCCUCUGGGAUUUCAUGAACCCCCCGCUCUGGGCGAUGCUCAUCGCCGUGUUUGUCGCCUCGGUCCCGGAUCUGCAAGCGCUCUUCUUCCGCGAAGGGUCUUUCAUCAAGACCUCCGUCACCAGUGCGAUCUCGUCCUCCGCCGGCGUCGCCGUCCCGCUCAUCCUUGUCGUCCUCGGCGCCAACCUCGCCCGCAACACCCAGGCGCGCGAAGAGGAGAUGGACCCGGAGGAGCGGCGCAUCGGUACGCGCCUGCUGGUUGCCUCGUUGCUAAGCCGUAUGCUGCUGCCGACGCUGAUCAUGGCGCCCGUGCUGGCUAUGUUUGCCAAGUUUGUGCCCGUCAGCAUCCUGGACGACCCGAUCUUUGUGAUUGUGUGUUUCCUGCUCACCGGCGCACCGUCGGCGCUGCAGUUGGCGCAGAUUUGCCAGAUCAACAAUGUGUAUGAGAGCGUGAUGGGGAGGGUCUUGUUUCAGAGUUAUGUUAUUUGGAUCUUGCCGUCGACGCUGGUCCUUGUGAUGUGUGCUCUGGAGGUGGUUGAGUGGGCUCGCUAA